AUGGCUAUGAUUGAUCACACUGUCGCGGUUAAUGUUGCUGCUUUGUUCAUGCGUCGCAUAGGGGACGCCCUGCAAUACACUAAGGUCGAGGAUAUCGAGGUGGGUGCCCUCGAUGUUGACCCACGGGCAGCAAUCGCCCUUCCGCUGCAUGACUACACAGCUCGUGAGGUGCAGGUGCUUGCCUUGGUAGGCUCUCCUGUAUCGAAGGCGAUCGGAAAACGAAUCAUGAUCGAAGAAGCCUCGAAUGGUGAUCAACUGGAUGACGACCUUGUGCUCAUGGGACCUAUGAAAACAGUCUCUAGGGAUCCAACUACCUCCAAGGCCAAGGACAAGUUGAAGUCAAAGCCGAAGCGCAAAUAA